AUGAACCGAUUAAAACUAUAUGUUUUGUUGUUGUGCUUUGUGCUGUCGGUGGCUGACUUAAAGGGUCCCGAUGGUCAGAAGACAGAUGAAAAGACGGAGAAUAAGGAGAGUGAGGAAACCCCGGUCCCUAAUACGAAAUCAGAUCAAGAGACCUAUAAAGAUCUCAAUGAUGCUCUCAACAAGGAAAUACAGUUUUUACAAGACUACGCGACCGCCAUAAAAAUUUCUAAAGCUUUUGAUCAGGAUAUUGAGCCAGAAAUUGAUCUGCAAAAAAUGGAAUCACAAUUGGAAAAGUUGCAAGUUUUAAAGACUUCUUUAUUAAGCACUGCAGAUCCAGCUUGGACUGAAGAAGAGAAGGAAUCAGCAGGGAACAGCAAAUCAGAGAAAAAGGAGUUCAAUCCUCAAGAAAUACUUGAUGCAUUGCAACCACUAUCCGAGGAAUUAGAGCUUGAAUUGACAGCUGAUAUGAAAGAAGCCAAAGCUCAGUAUGAAGCCGCAAUAUCCAAGUUGGAACGGCGUGCUCCGGACCUUGUGGGUGCGAUUCUUCAAAUUAAACAUGCAGCCGAUCGUGGGUAUGUGCCGGCAAAAAUUAAACUGGCGUGGUCUUAUAUAUUUGGGGAAGGAGUCGAGCUCGAUGUGGAUAAGGCGAGGAAAAUAUUUGAAGAGCUUUUGGAGAAAGGCAAUGCUGAAGCUCAUGCGGGCAUGGGUUUCUUGUAUGCUACUGGUACAUCGGUUCCAGUGUCUCAAGCUCGUGCGCUAGUCCACUACACUAUAGGAGCUAUAGCUAAUUCAGACUACGCCCAAAUGGCCCUCGCCUAUAGAUACUGGGCCGGAGUCACUUUACCGGCCUCAUGUGAUAAAGCUAUGGACCUCUAUAUGAAGGUUGCUCAUAAAGUGGCUGGCGGAGUGACGUUAAGCGGCGGCCUGGCCGUGCAGCGUGUGAGGCUUGUAGACGAAGCAGAGGGAGGAACUUCCGCCCUUGAUACAGACCUCAUAGAGUACUACCAGCUGUUAGCUGAGAAGGGUGACGUGCAGGCACAGGUCGGUCUGGGUCAGCUUCACUUCACCGGGGGUCGCGGGGUGACCCUCGACCUCAACAAGGCGCUGCACUACUUUACACAGGCAGCUAAAACAGGAAACGCCGUUGCCAACGCAUUCCUGGGAAAGAUAUACCUGGAAGGCGGUGAUGGCAUUAAAGCUGAUAAUGAAACGGCCAUGAGGUACUUCAGGAAGGCCGCUGAGAUGAACAACCCCAUAGGACAGAGUGGACUCGGAGUGAUGCAUCUACAGGGUCGCGGCGUCCCUAAGGACCCAGCAGCCGCCUUAAAAUAUUUCGCUAUGGCAGCCAACCAGGGCUGGGUUGAGGGACAACUACACCUCGGGUUUAUGUAUUUCGGUGGUAUCGGCGUCCGUCGCGACUUCAAGCUGGCCAACAAGUACUUCAGCCUGGCGUCUCAGUCGGGGCACGUGCUGGCGCUCUACCACCUGGCGCUCAUGCACGCGCAGGGGUUGGGCGUCAUGAGGUCGUGCGCCACCGCCGUGGAGCUGCUGAAGAAUGUAUGCGAGCGCGGUCCAUGGAGCUCGCGCCUGAUGUUGGCGCACGCGGCGUGGAGCGCGCGGGACACGGACUCCGCUCUACUACAGUACUUGGCGCUGGCUGAGAGGGGCAUGGAGGUAGCGCAGAGCAAUGCAGCCUACAUCCUGGACGUCGGAGAAGCCAGUGUAGACGCAGACACGAGACACGCGCGCGCGUUACAGCUGUGGUCGCGAGCCGCGUCUCAAGGCUGCGCCGCCGCGCGCGUCAAGCUGGGAGAUUACCACUACUACGGGCUCGGCACGCCGCAGGAUUUAGACGCUGCGGCGCAUCACUACCGACUCGCCUCGGAACACUUGCACUCAGCGCAGGCGACCUUCAACCUGGGGUUCAUGCACGAACGGGGCCUGGGCCUAGUGCGAGACCUGCAUCUGGCUAAAAGAUGCUACGACCUGGCAGCGGAUGCCUCCCCUGACGCCCGCCUGCCCGCCGCGCUAGCAUUGGCCCGACUACACGCACACUCCGCCAUCGAAUCCCUACUAGAAUCGCUGUCUCAGAGUCCGCUGGCCGUGAUCUUCAUAUCUGGAGACUCAAUGCUUCUUUCCAACUGGGACCUUUACCUCAUGACGGCGUUGCUAGGAGCGCUGGGCUUCGUCAUAUACUUGAGAAGACCGCACCAACAAGUCAACUGA